AUGAUGGAUCUUCUGGGCUCAAUCCUGAAGAGUAUGGACGCACCUCCGACAACCGAGGUUGACAAAAAGGCAAAAGGUAAGCUUAUUUUUAUUCCAUAGCCGAUUAAUGUUUUAUUUAAGCUUAUUGUCUAGGUCGUAACGAGAUACUUUUGAUUCCAAAUCGUUGUAAAAUACAAUAUAAGACUAAGUUAAGGUAUAUCAAGCGGACGUCCAAACGUUGUAUUAAAAUUAUUUCGAUCUAGGUAAUUAAGCUGCAGAAUACCCUGCCGCUUCAAAGCUGUAUCCCUGAAAGAGCUGGAUACGUGGUUACGCAGUUAUCCCUUUUAUGCGCUUUUCUACCUUCUGUGACUUUAAGAGCGACAAACAGACAUACUGUAUACUUUUUAUCCUGUCUUAAGUGUAUAUUGAAGUGGAUACGCAGAUACGUAGUGACCGAGUUUCCGCGUAUCCACCCAUUUUUGCUUUAAAGUGGCAUGGUAUUCUGCAGUUAAGCCCAGUUAUAGAUUUCCUAACUAACUUUACAUGAGUCGACCUGAUAGCAACGUUAACUAUUGACUAAACGUAUGCUUAUUACACAUUAUUUAAGUAAUAUAAAUUUUGUGGUUGAUUAAUUCAUGUCCUGUUCCGCAUGUAGAGGAAAAAGCCAAACUCAAGAAACUCCAAAUGGAAGAAAAAAAGAAAAAUGCUGCUUUUCGUGCAAAGGUAAGCUUAUAGAGCCUCGAUCUAGCUCUUGGUGGUUCGUGAAUGGUAAAUUUGAGAUCUAGACUUGGGGUGCAUUUUAUUUCCUCUGGAUAAUCCAAGAUGGGAUUCUUUGGAUUCUUUGGAUUUUUUUGAAGAGAGAAACUAAAAAUCCAAAAAUGGAUUGUAUAGCAUGCCAAAAAUGCAUUUAAAUGCAGUUUAAAGGGGUUAACAACUAAGAGCACCUUAAGUGCCUGAGGUCAGCUGUCUUUGGCAUGUGCAUGGCCAGUAGCUGGUUACAUCGAUCAUGUGAUUCUUUUGCACAUUCAGUUUUCUUUUGUGCUAGGUUCUGUCAGCCAUUUUCUCCCUCCCCGCCCCCCCUCCCUGUAGGCUUUGUUGGUUUUUCUCCACUGAUGUUUUCAGUGUGAUGGGUGGCUGUGUUGCAUUGUUGUGCCAGUCAUGGGGGCGUUAUUUCAAUUUAGGGCCUAGCUGCCAAUAGUGGAAGCCCCUGGAUACUCCAUUUCAGCAAUGUAGUUGUUAAUGCAAUAAUAUGCAGGUCUCAGGGAAAAAGGUUUAUUAACCAAUCAGGUUUACCACAGAGAUGCCAACCUCUGAAGAUCUAAAAUCUGGAGACUCUCUUUUUUUCACUACUUCCCCCUGGAAUUUCAACAGACCCCCUCCCCCCCCUGUCCCUGACAAAUUGACUCAGCCCCCAAUGUCAAUGGGAAUGACUUAGGCCAUUAUAUGAACUCUUACAUUAAGUACAUUAAUCAAAAUUCGCAAUCAUGGUUUUGAUGCCAGAAAUAAUCUUUGUCAGGGACUAAAUACAUGCAAAAAUAUCCCUGAAACCAUACUGCCAAUAAGAAAAAUUUAAGUUUUGAGCUAAAAAUGGGCUAAAUCUCAGAAAAGCUCAGAAGAUAAUUUUAAUAUGGAGAUAUGGUGACCCAUACGGGAGAGCGGGAGAUCGGUGCUGUAUCCGGGACAGUUGGCGUGUAUGUUACCAUGGUCUGGCAAAUAAUUUGCACAUCAUAAUGGAGUACAGAAUUACAAAAAGAAUAAUUUCUUUGACUGCAUUUUCCUUAGACUGAGAAAGAAGUGACAGAAUUCAUCAAAGAUACAAAACAAACAAGAGUGAAGUACCCGCCAAUGACAAGAAUUCAAAGAAGUAUUGUGUAUGUAUUUGCCAAUUAUUACACUUCUUUCAGAGAAGAGGCUGCAGUGGUAUUCUCCAUUAUCUAAUUUACUCUCUGGUUUUUCUUCUCACAUCAUCAAGAAUCAAAAUCAAAAUCCCUCCUAGUCUCAGUUUUUUUCCAUGUUGUUGGUUUGUUUUAGUUUAGGCAGCAAAUUUAUCUUUAUUGACAACUGUUUUGAAAUAAAUGAAAUGAAUCAUAUUUUGAACUGCGGACAUAAGAUGUGAAAGUGAACAUGAUUCACGCAGUUGAAUGAACAACCUAAGUAGCCUCCCAUCAGACGUCCUGGGGAAGAAAUGAAUGUGUGACAAAUGAACCCCACAGUACGUCUUCGGGGAGGCUACAACCUAAGCAGUUGAGAAAGAACCUGAAAAAUUCAGGCUUGAUUAGGCAAUAAACCCUUACCUUUGCGAUGACCGGACUCAACUCACAAUGAACCUCUCUCCAGUUGGCUUGGUUAGCUCAAGAUAAUUUAAUGUAAUUUCAAAACUUAUAAGGCCCAAAUAUCUAUAUAAAUAUAUUCAAAUGUGCCAUAGGGAAAAAAAAACAAUAACAAUAAUAGUAAUAAUAAUAAUGAAUAAUUAUGAUAAUAAAAAUGAUAAAAUAAAGCGAUAAUAUAUAUAUAUAUAUAGAAUAGAAAAACUAAUGGCUAAAAGUUAAAAAGAUAAAAUUUAUUAGUAUAAUCUUAAAAAUUAUAAGCUAAAAUUAUUAUUUAUAGCCUAAGCUAAAAAUACAAUCUUAUAAUCUAACAGGUACAAAAUGCUUUUUUAAGAAGGCGAGUCUUCAACUUUCUCGUAAAAGAGUCAAAAGAAAUGGAUUCCCUGAUAUAUCUUGGCAGAACAUUCCAUAACUUGGGUGCGGCAAACAGAAAGGCCUGUUCACCAAGAGUUGCCUUGGGCUUAACAUGCGGAUAACUAGGGAGGAUACUGUAUAAGGUAUAGAUUGUUGCAUCCAGCUGUCGCAAAGGUUAUGGCUCGCUGCCCAGUCAAGCCUGAAUUUUUUCAGGCUUUUUUUCAUCCGCUUGGGUUGUUCAUUCUACUGGAAAGAUCAUGUUAACUUUCAUGACAACUGUUUGUUGCCAUCUUCUCGUUUUGUUGUUUAAAAGUCUGAACACUUCAGGUCUAAAGUAAGGUUAUUAUUGCCUUUAGUUAUUAACCUUAAGAAUACAAUGUAUGGUUAAUAUUUUUCUUGUGUUACUUGCAGUCAUGACGUUGCAGAGAUUGCUGGUCUCACAACUUUUUCUUUUGGAGAAGAGGAAGUUGACAGAUAUGUUAUGCUGUUUAAAAAGGUGAAAACCAUUUAUCUGUGUAAAGAGGCAAAACAAGUAGCCUCAGGUGUAGUCUCAUUAGCUAGGGUGAAGAUUUCAAACUGGCUCGAAGCUGUCUUCUUGGUUUCUGGUUGCCUAAUUCAAUUUUCUUUUGCAUUUUCAACCCAACCUAAUAGACAGGGCUUCCGUUAGGUCGCCGGGAAAAAAAGGAUUUUCAGAGACAGAUUAGAAAAAGCAGAAAAAUCGGUGGAUUUUGCGGGACUUUCAUGGAAAACUUUUGAGGCUCACUUUGCCGAAAAACAAUCGGUAGAAAAAGGCUGAUUUCAUGGGAAUUUUUUCGGCAAAUUUCACUAGAAAUCAAUUGAUUUUGCGCUGAUUUCAUGAGUGUGUUCAAUGUUUUUUUAACAGAAAUAAUCAUUUGCUAUUUUAUCCACAAAGUGCUCGAAAAAUGAGCAAAUGGCAAAGCUUUUAACAUCAUGACUUCUGCCCAGUUUUUCACAACAUAAGUUACACCUGGUAGUUUUGGGACAUUGUGCGCUCAUUGUAGUGACGAGGUGUCGAGAUAAAUUUGCAAGUGUACGUCAAUUAAACAGCCCCAUUAGCCGAGAUAAGUUUCAAAUAUGUUGAAUUUGAUAAGAUUUCUAGUGAAUUUCGCGGUAUUUUGAAUGUACUUGUGAGUUUCGCGGCUCCGCGACCGCGCGAAAGACCAGAAACCGUGAAUAGAUGGUCUUUUUCGAAUGUUAUUGUGAAAUUCAUACUGGGUUUCAAGGCAGACAGGAGUAAAGGAAAAGAAAGGGCAUUGAGAUUCCAAAAUUCAUUUCUUUUGUGUUGUUCCCCUCAGCCUGAGAGCCAAGUAUGAAUUUUGAUAUUUUGAAACUGGUCUAUUUGCCACUUGCACAUCUCCCAUAAUGCACCUUAAAUUGCCCCCCAAAAUUUUGCAUAACCUUUGCUUUUCAUUUUUCCUGGGUAUUACAGCCGUCCCAUGAGAAAUUGAAAACCAUGCUGAUGCUAAAUUUUGGGGGGCAAAUAAGGUGCAUUAUGGGAGAUGUAUAAUUUAUGGGAAUACACUGUAGACACACUCACCUAUCUAAGAGGGUCAUUUCUUCAGGACAAUUUUUAAACUUAAGAGAACAUUAUUUUACCUUUCACUGCACUGCUCAUUGUUUCCUUUUGUUUUUAAGGAAUUUCCCCCUUCAGAUGAAGAACUUGAUGCUUACAGAAAUGGAGAGGUUUGUUGACAAACCUUUAGAUUGUGGAUAAGAACAAUUAUAUUAAAACCAAUUGGGAUUUAUUAAAUACAUGUAGUAUGACAAGUAGUUCCAUGAGUCUGACAACAAACCGACAGUGUAUAUUUUGUAGGUUUUUUCGUAUUCUCAUUUUCCUUUGUUUUCUAACCCUAAUAUAUAUUCUUGAUCAAGAAUAAUUAAGGACAUGACACAAAGAAGACUAAAUUGAAACCAUUUUAACCUAACAUUGUUUCAUUUUGACCUACAAUGCGCACACUAAUCAUCAUGUAAAAAAUUACGCACAAUAAAGAGGUGCAGGUCAACUUAAUAGAAUCGCAUUAAGCAUGCACGAUGAUGGUGAACUUAAAAUCUUUUAAAACUUUGAGGAACCUUUUUUGUACUUUCAUGAGUGUAUUCUGGAAUUAAAGUAACAUUUUGCUGUUUAUUUUAUCCAGGAGUUUGAUCCUGAAAAUGUAAGCAAAUCUAAGGAACAAGCUAAGGUAAGGAAGGCCACGUAAUAGUUGUUCAUAAAUGCUGAUGCCUUCAGAUCACACGCGAAAAAAUAUAAAAAAUAUAUAUUUGAUAGUAUCUUUUUUUUUUCGAGAAUAGUUACUCUGUGAUGGUCUCUCUUAGGGAUCAAAAAGGUGAAACCCAGAUCGGUCUCCUUUAGGGGUUUUGAAGUUCAACCCUAUUCAGAAAUCACACAACAGGAGGAGACAUCCUCGUUGAAAAACUUGAUAAUAUGCUACAGUGUGUGACUCUAACAAAUUAUUGUAGACAAUUGGCUUUGUUCUGAAUUGAGUUGGGGAUAGUUAAUUUCAAAAUGUCACUAACUGGGAUGAGGUUGCCUUUGUGGUGAGCCUCCCACACAGACAUUCGAAGGAUUUUGUCACACAAUCCUUCCCCAGGAGGAAGGAUUGCGUGACAAGCCAACGAAUGUCUGUGUGGGAGGCUACUUCUUGUGGCAACCAAAGUAGUGUAUGCUUUCUAAAUAACAGUAUAAUUUCUUGCAGAGCACAGAUGAUAAUGCCAGCACUGUUAGCAAAGCACAAAAGACUUCAAGAGUAUCUCAUUCACAACCGCCUGCCACAUAUUACAAAGACAAGUAUAAACACUUACUAGGAGUUGACAGUGGAAAAGACGCUGCAAGAGCUACCAAAAGUAACUCUGCCUAUGGCUACGGUGAGUUCACAUCCAAAGAUAUUAACCACUGUUUUUUUUUUAAUGGGUAGAAUGCCAUAUUUACUCGAAUGAGCGACGCAUCCUAUUAAGCGCUGCCCUCAGAUAAGUGCCAUAUUUGGGACAAAAGAGAUAAUAAGCGCCACCCCCGAGUAAGCACUGCGGCCCUGAUAUAAUCUUCAAAGUCACGUCCAACUUUCAAAUAAAUGCUUCCCUCAAAUAAACGUUGCAUUUGAGGCAUACAAAUUUAAUAAGCAACACUUCUUGGGGUAAAUACAGUAUGAUCCUUCGGGUGAAUGCACCCCUGAUUAGGACUGUUGUUGACAGUUAGUUACCUGUGCAUUUCAAUCCAUCACAGUUAUAACAGCCGUUUACUGUACGUCAUCGGUUGUCCAGUCAUUUUGUGUUCGUAAAUAACUGCUUCACGGGCAUUUCUGUCUUCAAUAACCAUACGUGAUAGAAGCCUUACUACAAAGCUGGGUUUUUGCUAGUUUUCUUUCCCUUUAAUUUUUUUUAUUUCUUCAUUUUUCCAGUUCCCAGUGAAAACAAAAGAGAUCUUCGGUCAAUAGAAGAGACUUUAAAUGACAUUCGCAAAAGAAAGAAGCUUAAACCUGACGACAUUGAUGAAGCAAGUGAACCACACGAUUCCAAGGAUGAACAGUAAUUUGUUACUGGGAUAACUCAUUUAUUUGCUCUAACUGCAGUAACAGUGCAGAAUGUAGGGUGGAAGACGAUAUCUUGCAGUGGGCACUUUUGUUUCUUUGCAAUGCUUUCCUUGACUCGAAUUCAGUAUGAGCAGAAGUUGCAAUUUUUCGUGGACUGGAAUUCAGGCACAGAGUUGACAAUCAUAUCGCGGCGUGAAUCAAGUGGAUGGGCAGUCUCUUUGUUUGAUUUUAGAACACUCAGAACCGAAUUUUGUUCGGAUUUAAGAAAGCAACAAAGUUUAAAAGGUUACAAACAUUACAUAGGAUUUUCAAGUAGCCUGAAAGUUCCUCGAAUUACAUAUAAUCCCUGAAAAGUUAUUUUUCUCCAUGGAAUUAGACUACGAGCAGGCUCUAUUUUAUUUUAAAGUUACUCCACAUGUAACCCAUGCACGCGAGCGGCGAAACCGCGCCAACGAGUUAAUUGUAACGUCGUUGUUUGCAUUCGCGCUGGCUGAGAAAAGAACUGGUCCCCGGAUUUUAAGAGAAAAUGCGGACUUUAAGCAGUUUACCAUGGGAUGUUCAAUGUAUUUUCCUGGUGAGAUGUGGCAGACUAAGAGCAACGCUACGUAGUUUAUUUCCCACAGUAUUCCUUUUUUCUAGCGUUAGCCAGGUCACGAAUAAGUGUAAAAAUAAUCGAUACA